AUGGAGAGGGGCAGCCGCCCGCCUUCGUGCUUGGGAAGUCCUCCCUUACAUUUAACCACAAUCCCUCUGCCAGAACUCAGGCUCCUUUCUUCGGGGGUGGUAGACGGCAGCCAGAGGGCCCUCCGAGGAAGGGCCAGGCAGGCACGUGGAGCCUCCGGGAGCUCGAGUUCCCCGUGCCUCUGCUCGUGCCUUCGCGGGAAGACCGCCUGCACUCCCACUCCCCUGCGGGUCUCCUUUUCUGCUGCACUCCACGGUCUCUGUGCUUUGCUGAGCAGGUACCAGCGGGCCCAAGUUCUCCUGGCAGGAGGGCCAGAAGCGGCUGCCACUCAUCGGGUGCAUCUCCUCUUCAUCACCCUUGUGGUCUCGCUCAUCGUUCUCUUCCACUUCUGGCGGGGCCACACGGGGAUCAAGUACAAGGAGCCGGUGGAGAGCUGCCCCAGCCACACCGUUCGCUGUGAUGGGGUGGUGGACUGCAAGCUGCAGAGUGACGAGCUGGGCUGUGUGAGGUUUGACUGGGACUCAUCUUUGCUGAAAGUCUACUCUGGCUCCUCCCACCAGUGGCUGCCCGUCUGCAGCCACAGCUGGAACAACUCCUUCUCCGAAAAGACCUGUCGGCAGCUGGGUUUCAAGAGCACCCUCGUGUCCCUUGCCACAUUUAAUUGUCCCAUCACCAUCCUCUCAGGUGACACUCUUGAGACAGCUCACGUCCACCCUGCCUGCCUCCCCAUGCAUGGACAGACCUUCAGUCUCAAUGAGACCUGCUGGAUCACAGGCUUUGGCAAGACCAAGGAGACAGACGAGAAGACAUCCCCGUUCCUCCGGGAGGUGCAGGUCAACCUCAUCGACUUCAGGAAGUGCAAUGACUACCUGGUCUACGACAGCUACCUCACCCCGAGGAUGAUGUGCGCUGGGGACCUGCGUGGGGGCAGAGACUCCUGCCAGGGAGACAGCGGGGGGCCUCUUGUCUGCCAGCAAAACAACCGCUGGUACCUGGCAGGUGUCACCAGCUGGGGCACAGGCUGUGGCCAGAGAAACAAGCCCGGUGUGUACACCAAAGUGACAGAAGCCCUCUCCUGGAUUUACAGCAAGAUGGAGAGUGAGACGCGCUUCCGGAAAUCCUAACCAGUGUCCUGCCCGCCACCCCCCUACUCACAGCACUGGCUGCUGGGAAGACUCCGGCCCAAGGGCCCUGGCCAUUUGCAACGUCUUCUGGACACCUGCGUUACUCCCCCCUCCACCAUGUGCUGCUGUGUGUGAGUGUGAGCAAGUCUGAGUGCGAGUGUGUGCACAUGUGUGUGUUGCUGCUCUUCCAAGUUCUACAGGAACCGGGAGAGCUGUUGCUCCCCCCAGAAUCCCAGGCAUUUUCUGCAGAUGAGGGUCUGGGUACCAUGAUGUUCCCACAGAAGUGUCCACAGACAAACAGAGAGUCCAGAGAAGGGCCGGAAGGUGACAUCGGCAGUUCCUGCUCCUCUGACCCUGACUAAGGGGCCAGCCCAGAGUGGGCAUCACCCCUGCAGCGCUGGUGACACUGUUGCUGUCCCAGAACAGAUGAGGGGCUUUGUUGGAGCGCCGGCUUCAUGGUGCCUGGACUGUGCUUAGCAGGAGGCCCUCAGUGUUGUGAGCACAGCGCCCCCGCCCAGCCGUGGUCCAGAGCCAGGCGGCGCUGUGGCCCACCACGCUGUCAACCGUGAACAGGGCCCAUGGUACCUGUUUGGUCACAAACUGCUGGCACAGGGUUUAUUUUAUUUUUAUAUUUAAGAAAUGCAAACAUGUAUUUUUGAAGCGUCUCCAAAAUCAGUCGCCCCAAGAACUCUAUGGGACUCAUACGACUUGUGCCCUUCCGCAGCCCUACAAAAUGUUGCUGGCUUCGAGGAGCGGGCCGAAGGGACUGGAGGAGUCCCCCUGCUGGAGAGCCAAAGUCGGCCUCUGUGAGACACUCGGGGAAGCAAACCCGCGUCUGGGCGGCCGGCAGACCCAGCCCAGGGAGAGCGGCUCUUCUGCAUGCCAGGGCUGCAGGCUGCUCCUGUGCAGGCCCCCAGGAGCCCCGGGAAGUCCAGGUGGACAGCUCCCUCGUGCCCGGGGCCAUCCUGGGACAUGGGGGUCUCUCUCAGCUUUCUCCGUCUUACGCUUUCUUAGCUAUUCCAGAAACAUGACCCUGCCAUGGCCCCUGCCGUGGAGAGAAAGCUGAGCACUGAGGCUCAGAGUCAGUGCUCCUCCCACCAGCCUGUCAGUGUGGCUGGCCUCCUCGCCACGGAGGGUGGGCACCUUCCUGGCCUUUUGUCCGGGGGUGCCCAUACCUCCCUAGCCCCACUCUACUCCCUCUCUGUGGGUGUCUGGGCUCAGGCACUGCCUCAGAUGGGACUGGGAACAUUGACGAUUGUCACCAAGGCCAGGGAGGGGGCAACACUCAUGUCGCGACAGUCCCCCAGUAAUGGUCUUCUGCAAUAAAAUUGUGGGACCUGAAGAA